AUGACGACUAUUGGUCGGCAAGGUGGUGUACAAUCUGGCGGUGGAUUAAUUGUACUUGUUCCAGCCGUUGGGCCGGUGACUGUUGAGAAAAUAGGAGGUUGUGUAGACGCAACAGUAACAAUAAGUAUUGUUCUGCAUGGUGGUGUACAAUCCGGCGGUGGAAGUAUUGUACUCGUACCAGCUAUUGGGCCAGUGACCGUUGAGAUAACGGGUGUUUCGGGACCCCCUGUAGACGCAACUGUAAUGAUGACUAUUGGUCUGCACGGAGGCGUACAAUCUGGUGGUGGCAGGAUCGUACUUGUGCCGGCCGUCGGUCCUGUGACUGUUGAAAAAAUAGGAACUUCGGACGACGCAACAGUGACAACGACUAUUGUUCUGCACGGAGGUGUGCAAUCCGGCGGUGGAAGAAUCGUACUUGUGCCGGCCGUUGGUCCAGUUACUGUCGAGAAAACGGGUCCUUCUGUAGACGCAAUUGUAAUAAUGACUAUUGGUCUACAUGGAGGUGUACAAUCUGGCGGUGGAUUGAUUGUGCUUGUGCCGGCUGUCGGCCCAGUGACUGUGGAGAAAAUAGGAGGUUGUGAAGAUGCAACAGUAAUAAUAAGUAUUGUUCUGCAUGGUGGUGUACAAUCCGGCGGUGGAAGAAUCGUACUUGUACCAGCAAUUGGCCCAGUGACCGUUGAAACUAUAGGUGUUUCGGGACCUCCCGUAGAAGCAACUGUUAUAAUGACUAUCGGUCUGCAUGGAGGCGUACAAUCUGGCGGUGGAUUGAUUGUACUUGUACCAGCCGUCGGUCCAGUGACCGUAGAGAAAAUAGGAGGUUGUGUAGACGCAACAGUAACAAUAAGUAUCGUUCUGCAUGGUGGUGUACAAUCCGGCGGUGGAAGAAUCGUACUUGUGCCGGCUAUUGGUCCAGUCACCGUUGAAAUUAUAGGAGUUUCAGGACCUCCCGUAGGUGCAAUGGUGACUAUAAGUGCUGUUCUGCAUGGUGGUGUACAAUCCGGCGGUGGAAGAAUCGUACUUGUACCAGGUGUUGGUCCAGUGACUGUUGAAAUGAUGGGCGUUUCUGGGCCUCCUGUAGAAGCAACUGUAAUAAUGAUUAUUGGUCUGCAUGGAGGCGUGCAAUCCGGUGGUGGGUUGAUAGUACUUGUGCCGGCCGUCGGUCCAGUGACGGUUGAGAAAAUCGGAGGUUGUGUAGAAGCAACAGUGACAAUGAGUAUCGUUCUGCAUGGUGGUGUGCAAUCCGGCGGUGGAAGAAUCGUACUUGUACCCGCUAUUGGCCCAGUAACCGUUGAAAUUAUAGGCGUUUCGGUACCUCCUGUCGGCGCAACCGUUACAAUGACAAUUGUUCUGCAUGGAGGCGUACAAUCCGGUGGUGGAAGGAUCGUACUUGUACCUGGUGUUGGUCCAGUGACCGUUGAGUAA